AGAGGAUGUCGGGACAGCAAAGAUGUCCGCGCUCAUUUGAAAACCUGCUGUACCCAAAUCCACAGUUUGGCACCUAAUACGAGUCGUUUUAAUGUCGGCAGUGGUGACGACGCUGUGCUCAAACAAGGAUCAUACAAAGGAAAGAAAAGGACUCCGCGACAAGAGCCAGACUUUUCCUUAUUAUCAGAAAUAAUGCUGAUAUCUGGAACUCAUGUCGGAAGUCGUGUAUGAAGAGACAGCCACGAUGAUCGCAGCAGGGGAAUUGCAGUCGUUUGUCCCGUUCGGCCGCGAGCACUGCAGGAACCAUCCAAAUGCCUUCAACCUGCAGCUCAGAGAGCUCCAGCCUGCCUCCGAGCUCUGGUCAUCAGACGGUGCCGCUGGCCUGGUGGGGUCCCUGCAGGAAGUCAGUCUGCAGGAAAGAGAGAAGGAAUGCUGGCAGCUCAGGAAAGGCUGCAUGGGAGUCAGAGAGGAAGAUGUGGAGUUUGAAGAGGAGCUCUACACAGCAGGAACUGUGGUCGUCUGGAGCCAGGGCAGUCGGACCCAGGCCUCCAACGUGUACAAAGCCUUCACCGUUGACAGCCCAGUGCAGCAGGCCUUAUGGUGUAACUUUGCUGUUCCUCAGAACAAGAAAGACGAGAAGGAAGUGGAGCAGACAGUGUGUAUUGUCCAGGGUAGCUGUGUCAACGUUCACACUGUCACCGGGAAGGAUUUCAUCUCACCCCUUCCCUUCCAGGUCUCAAAUGUCUGGGCGACCAAGUUUGGACUUUUGUUAGAACGAAAAAAUGCAGCAACUGACACCCAACUCGGCCCCCCUGGGGAACCUCUGCCCACAGUAUUCAGCAUGCUGCAUCCACUAGACGAGAUUGCCCCGGUAGUGUGUAAACCUACGGGUCUGUUUGAAGGCUCCCGUGUGCAGUAUGCAUCUGACUCAACCAUGAAGAUAGUGUUCAGCUGCUCUCAGCCUUCUCUCGUUGUCUCCUAUGACACUCUACAGGGAAUACACUCCGUCUGGGCAUUGCGCAAGGUCACGCCUGAUGAGCGCUCUUCAGUCCUGCGGUGUGCAGCAGAUCCUUGUGGCACACCGCUGGGUCUGAUGGCAUCGGGCUUUCUGACCUCCCACCUCCGUAAUAUCUCCCGCCUGGAUUCGCCCGGUGGCAGUGGGGCAAUAGGGUUUGGUCCUGUAACUGGAACAAGUUGUACAGUUGGCACCAGCUCUCCGCUACACUACAGCGCUCUGCACAGCCACCAGAGCAGGAUGACGACAUCUUCACCAGGAUUACACUCCCGUAUUCACUCCCCAAGUAUAUCCAACAUGGCUGCUCUUAGUCGUGCCCACUCUCCAGGCAUGGCGGCUCCCUCCUUUUCAGGUGCGGCUCGCUUCAACACGUCUUUCUACAGCCAAUCCCCCAGGGGACACCAUGGCUUGCUGCCCUCACCCAACAGCACAAUCAACGAGACUAUGCUGGUGCCGGAGAUGGAACCCAUCGUGCCCGACCUUUGCAUGGAGCAGCUGUGGAGUGAGACGAUCACAGCUGGCGGUCAUAGGGAGAUGAGCAGCCAGGCAUCUAAAGUUUUCCUAACCUCUGACCUCUGUGAGAACUGCUACCUCUGUUUCCUGGUGGAGUCUCACCAAGAGCUCAGAUGUGUGAAGUUUAUUGAGAGCAACGAUACAUCUCAGCUCAUAUUUGCUUCUGUGACAACCAUCCCUGCCAAGGAUGCAGAGCCUCUGCAGAAUAUAGAUGCCAUGCUGGUUCUGGAGGCCUGUGGCAGUCUGGUUCUCUACACAGGAGUCACCAGGGUCAGUAAGGUGUUUGUCCCUGGCCUCCUGUCACCCACCUUUAGUAUGACCAACCACCUCCCUCACCUCAGCACGCCAGUGGAGAAUGUUAGCACACCGGCUAACGCUGGCAGUAGACACCUCCAAAGACUGGAUGAGGCUGUGAUGCCCUCACCAGUGUCAGAGCUGAGGGCUCCAAACAUUAAACACCAUGAAGCUUCGUUCUUGGAAGAUUACACUUUCCAGCAAGCCACGCCCUACAUACAUGCCUUACGGGAUGCUGUCUGCAACCGUGUCACUCUGGAACUAAGCAGUGGCGCGAUGCUGAGGAUUUCUAUCCCAGAGAUUGCUACCUCAGAGCUAGUGAGAAAAUGCCUUCAGGCGAUUCGUUUCAUCCUGCCCAAAGAAGCUGCGAUGAAGGUUUUGGUGAAGUGGUAUAACAUUUACAAUGCCCCCGGCGGUCCCAGUGCCCAUGCAGAGUGGAACCUGUUUGUCACGUGUUUCAUGACACUGAUGGGCUAUAAUACCGAUCGCCUUGCCUGGACACGAAACCUGCAUUUUGAAGUGCCUCUCUCUCCAGUGAUUGCAGCCAAAAAAGCUCGUCCCUCUGAUGGAGGCUCUGAUGAGGACUGGGAGUACCUGUUGGGCUCUCACUACCACCGUCAAAUGAUUUCCCAGUCAGUCUGCGGUCCACUGGACUCCAGUGGCUCCAACAGUUCUCUGAUCACAGAUGCUGAGGGCACGUCCUCUGUGUCCUCUUCAUCUAGUCCAUCUCUGAAGUUGGACAGUGCAGCUCCUCUCUUCCCUCAUAUUCCUGCUCUUUUUUACGUUCUCCAUCUGCUCUAUCAGGAGCUGCAGCUGGACGAGCUGCAGAGAGCAAGAGCCUCAUCGCUUGUAUGUCUGCUGCAACAACUGGCCAGAGACCUUCAGUUGGAGGAGUAUGUGGAUCUGUACUGGAGAGAUUACCCUUCAUUAAUUAGUGGCUUCAAUGAGAGCUGCCUCAUAGACCAGGCCCUGUCCAGUCAGAUGCAGCUUCCUUCCUACCUGAGGGCAGAGCCCCCCUGUGUCCUCAGCUGGCUCAGUAGCUGUCUGAGAGGGGAGGAGGUCCCACCUUUCCCCUACCUGCCUGGCAUCUGUCAGAGGACCAGGCUGCUGGUUCUGAGUUAUGCCCUCUACAUCACUGGAGAUGAAAAUGCUACUUCGACAGAUGUUGCAAAAUACCUGGCCAAGCUCUCUGCCGGCCAGAAGUCUCGUCCCAGUGAACCUAUACACUACAGAAGACAGAGUAGCGUAAAAAUGAAGGUCACCAGUGGGAGUCUGGCUGAACAGCUGGUGGUCUGGCUUACCUCAGAAGGUUUCACUCUGAAGGACCUGGAGUCAGUCCCCUUUGGCGUGGCUUUGCCCAUCAGGGAGGCCAUCUACCGCUGCCGGGAGCAGCCGUGUUCUGAUUGGUCAGAGGAGGUCUGUCUGCUGAUCGGGAGACAGGAUCUGACCAAACAAGCCCACAAGAUGACCCUGGCUAAGAGCAAAGCUUCUGUGGGUUCAGGUCUGUCAUUGGAGCCUCCGGCCACCACAGAAGCAGAUGAAGAGGAAGAUGGGAUGUCGGACAUUAUUCAAGAGGUCACUGGACUGAUCUGGAGUCAGGAUUUGAGGGUCCAGGAGGUCAGGAGGCUUUUGCAGAGUUCCAGGCCCGUCCGGGUCAGUGUUGUCCAGUUACCAGAGGUGUCUGACCAUGAAUACAUCGAGGAAAAAGAGAACAAACUCCUGCAGCUGUGUCAAAGGACCAUGGCUCUUCCAGUCGGUCGAGGCCUCUUCACUCUCUUCUCCUAUCACCCUGUUCCAACUGAACCUUUACCUGUCCCAAAACUCAACCUGACAGGCAGAGCCCCUCCUAGGAAUACCAUGGUAGAUCUGAACAGCGGGAACAUUGAUGUGCCUCCCAACAUGACGAGCUGGCCCAGCUUCCAUAACGGAGUAGCUGCUGGACUUAAAAUAGCUCCUGCAUCACAGGUGGACUCGGCUUGGAUAGCCUACAACAAGCCAAAGAGCCCUGAGCUAGCUAAUGAGUAUGCAGGCUUCCUUAUGGCUCUGGGCCUCAACGGACACCUCACCAAGCUUGCUACGCUCAACAUACAUGACUACCUCACCAAGGGUCAUGAGAUGACCAGCAUCGGACUUCUUCUGGGCGUGUCUUCAGCCAAACUGGGCACCAUGGACAUGUCAAUAACUCGCCUGCUUAGUAUCCACAUCCCUGCCCUUCUCCCACCCACCUCCACUGAACUAGAUGUACCACACAAUGUUCAGGUUGCUGCUGUAAUUGGCAUUGGUCUGGUGUACCAGGGAACAGGACACAGACACAAUGCUGAAGUCUUGCUGUCUGAGAUAGGUCGACCUCCUGGCCCAGAGAUGGAGUACUGUACAGACAGAGAGUCCUAUUCACUAGCUGCUGGACUCGCCCUGGGCAUGGUCUGUCUUGGGCAUGGCAGUAACCUGAUUGGAAUGACAGACCUGAAUGUCCCUGAGCAGUUGUACCAGUACAUGGUAGGGGGCCACCGCAGAGCUCAGGCUGGGGCCAACAGGGAGAGGCACAAGUCCCCCAGCUACCAAAUCAAGGAAGGAGACACUAUAAAUGUAGAUGUGACGUGUCCAGGGGCCACGCUGGCUCUCGCUAUGAUCUACCUCAAGACCAACAACAGGUCUAUUGCUGAUUGGCUGAAACCUCCAGACACUUGGUUCCUCCUGGAUUUCAUCAAGCCAGAGUUUUUGCUGCUUAGGACUCUUGCUCGGUGUAUUAUCAUGUGGGAUGAAAUCCUGCCUAAUACUGAGUGGGUCAAGAGUAACAUACCUCAGAUCAUGAGGGGGACUUUUGACCCUUCAGAAGACAUUAACAUGGAGACAAUGGCCCAAGCCCAAGACUACAUUACAGCAGGAGCCUGUCUGGCUCUGGGCUUACGCUUCGCCGGCUCUGCCAACUGUGAUGCCUUCGACUGCCUCUACGAGUUUGCCAGGACAUUCAUGAAGAUAAUGUCUUUUGCUGGCACAGCUGCAGUUCAAACAGGUUAUUACAACCUGCAGACUGGUCUGUCAAUGAUUCUGCUGGCUAUGUCCAUGGUGAUGUCUGGCACCGGGAACCUUAAGGUCCUGCAGCUCUGUCGUUUUUUCCACAAGCGAACUGGUGGCGAGAUGAACUACGGCUUCCACAUGGCUCAUCACAUGGCACUGGGUUUGCUCUUCCUGGGAGGGGGCAGGUACACCCUGAGCACCUCCAAUUCAGCCAUCGCUGCGCUGCUGUGUGCGCUGUAUCCUCACUUUCCUGCUCACAGUACUGACAACCGUUACCACCUACAGGCCCUGCGGCACCUGGCCGUGCUGGCUGCAGAGCCACGCCUGCUGGUCCCCGUGGAUGUGGACUCCCUGAAGCCUUGCUAUGCCCUCUUAGAGAUCACCUACAAGGAGACCAAGUGGUACGAUGAGACGACCGUAGAGUUAAUGGCCCCCACCAUGCUCCCUGAGCUGCACCUUCUCAAACGGGUAAAAGUGAAGGGGCCGCGAUACUGGGAACUGUCCGUCGACCUCAGCAAAGAAACACAGCAUCUAAAGUCCAUCCUGUCCAGAGACGGGGUGUUGUAUGUGAAACUACGAGCCGGCCAGCUGCCCUACAAAGAUGACCCUCAAGGCUGGAAGAGCCUGCUGGCCUCCACCGUCAACCACCGCAACUCUAGCGUCAGAGCCUUCAAGCCUGAUGCCAUCUCUACGUUCACCUCAGAGCCUGCCUUGGUCUCCUUCGCCAAGUUCUUCUGUAAAACUUCUGAGGAGAUGAAACAUAGAGAGGAUUCUCUGGUGUUGUUCUCUGCGAUGCUGUAUGAAUGUGUGACACAGGAAUGUCCAGAAAUGCUGCCCACGUAUAUUGCAAUCGAGCAGGCGGUCGGUGCUCUGCGUCGGGGUGACCUGCUGCAGACCUUCCCCCUGUGGCAGAUGCGUCUGGUGGUGGAGCUGUGGGACAGCAGGGUGCUGCGGGGUCCGGCCAACCGUCACGACACCCUGCUCACCUCAGAGUUUCUUCCCGUCAUGAAGAACAUGGUGGAUGUAGCACUGGAUGGAUGGCUCAAAGAAAACAGCUCAGUGUUGAGGUCCUACAUGAAGGGUGAGGCCCUCCCUAAAGACGCCCAGUCCACCGUGUUGGCCUGCUUCCUGGUGUACCGCUCCAUCCCCUGCCUCAGGAACACACACACACAGCUGGAGGGCUGCAGCUCACUCGGGGAUAUAUUGUCUCGCAGCAGCCAGCUGGGCAUCCCUCUCAGAGACCUGCUGAGGCUGGUACCCGUCCUGCUGGGCUCUGCAUCUGGACCACAGACACUGCAGGGUUUCCCUUUGCAAGCAUUUUGAUCCUGGUGCUAAGAACUAGUCCAAGUGACUAGUAACCUCCCAGUGAUGCAGUUCACAGCCUUACAUUCCCACUGCGAGCACAGGUAGGACCGAUUUCUACAGCAAGUGGGCCCAAAUGUGACCGUAAGAGGUCUCACUGCAUCACUGUGGCAUGAGUGCCCUGCCUAUGAGAAAGACUGAUUGGAGAAUACAGACUUUGAUUCCUUCUCAGCCAAUACAACAUGUUAGUUUUGUAACAUAAUAUUUCUAUUUAGUUUUUUUACAGCAUAAAGAAAGUGAGGCUGCGUUAAAGAUGCAGUACAUGUGCCAUUUUUGUGGGUACAACAAAUCCACGAUGGGGACUUUCUUCACUUGCUCAAAAGUCCAACAAGGACAGAAAGGACUGGUCUGUACAAAGUGAGAAGGAUUUGGUUGUAGUUGUAGUUCAUGCUGCCUGUGAGGGUGCUCGAGUUCAGACCCUUGUGUUGUGAAGACGAGAAAAUGGAGACAAGACAAUAAAGUGGAAAAGUACCUGAA